AUGGCCACGGACACUCUCCGGGAAGGCGUCUUUGCCAUCAACAAGCCUUGCGGUCAGAGCUCGGCGCAAGUUAUUCGCGAAUGCCAGCAAGCUUUCAACCCCUCGCAGUUCUUCAAGCCAUUGAUCGAUUCUGAGGUCGCAAAGCGCAUGAAUGAGUCCGGCCAGCAAUUCGCCCGUCGCAAGCUGUUGAAGAAAGCUUCCCAGGUCAAGAUUGGCCAUGGCGGAACCCUUGACCCUCUCGCGACCGGAGUUCUCAUCCUGGGCAUAGGAUCUGCUACCAAGGCUUUGCCUCAAUUCCUCGAGUGCACAAAGACGUACGAGACCAUUAUUGUGUUUGGCGCCGCUACCGACACCUACGACCGAGUUGGUCGCAUUCUCACCAAGCGACCUUAUGAGCACAUCACUCGCGCAAUGGUCGAGAAGGAGCUCGCCGGGUUCCAAGGCCGGCAAAUACAGAUCCCACCUUUGUACUCGGCGCUCAAGAUGAACGGAAAGCCUUUGUACGAGUAUGCGCGCGAAGGCAAGCCUAUCCCCCGGCAGAUCGAAGGCAGAGAAGUCGAAGUCAAGGAUAUCGAGCUGGUGGAAUGGUACGAGCCGGGCACGCACAACCAUCGAUGGCCUACCGAGGAAGCUGAAGCUGCGGAGCGAAAUCUGGCGGAGCAGGUCUGGAGGAUCAAGAAGCAGCAAGAGAGUACAAAGAAGUUGAGCCCUGAGGAGAAGCAACAGGACGACAAAGCGAUAGCGGCGCACGAAUCGUUCAAGCGCAGUUUUGAAGAACGACAGGAUGCGCUUAUUAAGGACGCGCCUUCAAAGAAAUCGCGAAAGUCAAGGGAGCCUCCCAUGAUGUCAGGCGCUCUGGGCAAGUUACCAGCACCGACAUACUCUAACAAGGGCUCGAAUCUGGUUCCUGAUACUCCCGAUACAAACACACCGCCUCCCUGGAGCGAUAAAGGCCCCGCCGCUGUCAAGGUGCGAUUAACCGUCACGUCCGGUUUCUACAUCAGAAGCUUCUGUCACGACCUAGGGGCCAAGCUGGACUCCGCUGCUCUCAUGGCCGAGCUUGCGCGAACUCGCCAAAGUGAUUUCGAGGUUGGUGGUAAAAACUGUCUCGAAUAUGACGAUCUCGCCAAGGGUGAAGAUGUUUGGGGUCCUCAAGUCGGUCGAAUGCUCGAGAGUUGGAGCAAGGUCCCACAACCCCCGGCCAAUCCUUCAGGCAAGCAAAGCAAGAAGAGGCCCAACAACAGGGGCCCCGGUUCUCCCAAGCAUAAGCAAGACCAGCAACAAACUCAUAACAAGGGAGAGAAGCGACGACGGUCAAACUCACCUGACGAGGCAGGCUCACCACCUCGAAAGGCGGUAGCCCUCGAGUCCAAAAACGGCCCCAAGCCAGUGAAAGAAGCUGUCAGAGAGUCUGUAGAGAAGCCAAUGACGGAGUCUAAUGCGGAACCCAAAUCGGAAACUAGAGGCCGCUCUGAUGAUGAGAAAUCAUGGAACGGCAUAGAGGACUGA